GGGUAAAUUGUGCACAGCCCCAAAGUAUUUGUAUGAAGCGAAAAUGGCCUUAAAAUAAAGCGAGAGGCAAAAAUCUACCAGUCCGGAAUAAGAACCACUGAACCAGCCAUCAACACCGGAGAAGACAGUAGAAGGCGUUCAAGUUGGUCAACAUGUCUGUGUUUCUUGUGAAUUCUCCUUCGUGUGCACUCUGGAAAUCAAAGAAGCUUGGCCCUGGGUUUAUUAAACCAUCGACAUCACCGAAGGAGCUGGUUCCCAUCAGAAGCAGCAGCAGCAGCAGAAAAGUGCGUUUGGGGAACUGCAGUGGGAUUAAGGCGUUUUUCUUCAAUCCCAGCGAAGAACCCAUUCUCAGAGAAGCGCUUAAGGAGCCAGUUGCCUUCAUGGGAGGGAUGUUUGCUGGUCUUUUACGGCUUGAUUUGAAUGAAGAUCCACUCAAGGAUUGGGUUUCAAGGACUGUGGAAGCCUCUGGAAUCACGGAGGAAGAUAUUGUUGCUGAUGGGUUAAAACCAGAAGGAGAAGCCCCGCAACAGAUUGAGAUUGAAUAACAUUUCAUACUUCUGUAUGUGCACUAGGCUCCCCUAGUUGGUUAAGCAUGUAAUCGUGACUCAUUGAAAUAAGUUCUGCUGGCAACUUACCUCAUAUACUUCUUUGACACAAUGAAGCAGACGUGCCUGCGGAUUCAUUGUAAGUAUUAUUCUUGUAUGCUUAUAGUGUGUCACUUUGAAUAGGAUGACUGCAUUUGUAAGAGAACAUAAAAAACUGUUUACUGAA